AUGGGUUUAGCGGGAUCUUAUUCCGUUGGGACGAGCCUCCCUUCCCUUCAACGCCUUCCUUCCCUGAAAUCCCAAAACUGUAACAAUUAUUCAGCACCUGUUUGUUGCCAUCGUCAUGUGAACUGUGCUGUCCAAGUCCAACCACAAGCAGCACCACCACCUACUGUAACAGUGGCACCCGAUGAGAGCCUGGUGAAGAGAAGGACUGUCAUAGGUCUUCUUGCAUUUGAGGCUAUCCUUGCUUACUCUUCCUUAAAUUCAGCGCCAGGAGCUGAAAUUCCUUGUGAAUUUCAAGUGGCACCUUCUGGUCUUGCCUUCUGUGAUAAACUUGUGGGAGCAGGUCCUCAGGCUGUCAAGGGGCAACUUAUUAAGGCGCAUUACGUGGGGAGAUUGGAGAAUGGGAAAGUUUUUGAUAGCAGCUAUAAUCGUGGCAAGCCACUAACGUUUCGCGUAGGUGUUGGAGAGGUUAUUAAAGGUUGGGAUGAAGGCAUUAUAGGAGGUGAUGGAGUUCCUCCCAUGCUUGCAGGAGGGAAACGUACACUGAAGAUUCCUCCAGAACUUGGAUAUGGCUCAAGAGGGGCUGGUUGUCGAGGAGGCAAGUUCAUGUAUCAUCCCUCCUGA